AUGGAAAGAAUAUAUAGAACUGCCAAUAGUAAGCACACAAAUGAAAGAAUAAAGGAAAUAGUUCCGGAGCUAAGAAAGUAUGCAGCCCAGAGAGUAGGAGGGAGCGAAACAAUUCGGUGCUUAAGAGACUCUCUGAAGGAGGUUGGUCUAAAGGAAAAAAAACGAAACACUCCAUACAGACACCAAAAAGUAGAACGAGUUCGGGAGAAGACAAGUGAAAUAAAUAUGAGAGAGAGUCUUCGUGAACAAGGCAUACACAUAAAGAAGAAGAGGGAAACCAAGCAGGAAAAGAUAAAUGCCAUGAAAAAGAAGAGAAAGUUUGGUUAG